AGCCUUAAGCCUGCGAGAGCAACAAAAAAAGUUAAUAUUUUUGUUCUUUUGCGGGCCUUUCGGAACACGUCGGAAUGGCGGCUCCCGUGGACGACGUGGAACUGCGAGAGGCUCAGCGAGAUUACCUGGAUUUCUUGGACGACGAGGAGGACCAGGGGAUUUACCAGAGUAAAGUCCGGACGAUGAUAAGCGACAACCAGUACCGUCUGAUUGUCAAUUUCAAUGACCUCCGAAGGAAGAAUGGGAAGAGAGCCAGCCGCGUGCUGAACUAUGCCUUUGAAGAGAUGGUGGCGUUCCAGCGCGCCCUGAAGGAUAUGGUCGCCUCUGUGGACGCCACAUACUCCAAGCAGCACGAAGAGUUUUACGUCGGGUUCGAAGGCAGCUUUGGGUCGAAGCACGUGACGCCCCGGACGCUGACCUCCCAGUUUCUCGGCAGCAUUGUCUGCGUGGAGGGCAUUGUGACAAAAUGCUCUUUGGUGCGCCCCAAGAUCGUCCGCAGUGUGCAUUACUGCCCUGCUACCAAGAAGACCAUCGAGCGCCGGUAUACAGAUAUGACAUCGCUGGAAGCUUUUCCAUCUAGUGCCGUUUACCCUACAAAGGACGAAGAGAACAACCCCCUGGAGACAGAAUACGGCCUGUCCACCUACAAGGACCAUCAAACCAUCAUCAUCCAGGAGAUGCCGGAGAAAGCACCCGCCGGGCAGCUCCCUCGCUCUGUGGACAUCAUUGUGGACGACGACCUGGUGGACUCGGUCAAGCCAGGGGACAGAGUGCAGGUCGUUGGGACCUUCCGCUGCCUGCCCGGGAAGAAAGGAGGCUACACCUCGGGGACAUUCAGGACCAUUCUGAUUGCCUGCCACGUGAAGCAAAUGAACAAGGAGGCCCAGCCGACGUUCCUCGCAAGCGACGUGCCCAAGAUAAAAAGGUUUAGCAAGAGCCACUCCAAG